AGAUUAAUUGCGACAUUAGGCUUCGAUUUCAACAAAAAGGAAACUCAGAGAAAAAGAGAGAGAUCUUCGAAAAGGGGACGAACAGAAGCAGAUAAAGUAGCUUUUGGGUUCCCUUUUCAGUUUUCAUAGCAAUUUCCGAUCCAAAAUCCGUUUCCAAUUACAGAGAAAUGGAAUCCUGACUCGGAUCUUCGCCAUUGUAGACCACGUGGAGAUCUCUCUCUUUUCGUCGUCAUCGUCCACCGAAGCCACCAUUCUCUAUUAUAUAUUCUCGAUCGGAGCCUGCUCACAUUCACGUUCACCCAUCGUCUUCUUCACAGUCCUGGCGAUUCUCUUUUUUGUUUCAAAUUAAGCCCUAAAAUCCCAUUUUAUAUUCGCUCCAUUAUCUCCAUUUGUAUGCGUGUGAUUGUGGUUUUUUUAUAGUCACGCGCACAUACAUAUUUGAUCUCUUUUACAGCUCCUUUCGUUGUCUGCGGAAUUUCCCUUGUUUUACCUUUGAAUUUGGGUAUUGGAUAUGGCGGAUGUUAAUGGUGGAGUCGUCCGGGAGAAGCUCAUUAUCGACACCGACCCUGGAAUCGAUGAUGCCAUGGCCAUCUUCAUGGCAUUUCAAAGCCCGGCGUUGGAUGUCUUGGGAUUAACAACAGUUUUUGGCAAUGUCUUAAUUGAAGAUGCCACGCGUAAUGCCUUGCUUCUGUGUGAGAUAGCAGGCCGUUCGGAUAUUCCUGUGGCUCAAGGCAGCUCUGAACCCCUGAAAGGUGGAACACCGCGUGUUGCUGACUUUGUACAUGGUUCUGAUGGACUUGGAAAUGUAUUUCUGCCACCCCCCAAAACGAAGAAGAUUGGAAAGUGUGCUUCUGAGUUUUUAAUUGAGAAGGUCUCUCAGUAUCCCGGUGAAGUGUCUAUACUUGCACUUGGGCCCCUCACAAAUUUGGCUCUCGCAAUCAAAAGCGACUCUACCUUUGCUAGCAAGGUGAAAAGGAUUGUCAUACUUGGUGGUGCUUUCUUUGCGUUAGGGAAUGUAAAUCCUGCUGCUGAAGCAAAUAUUUAUGGAGACCCGGAAGCAGCAGAUGUCGUAUUCACAUCUGGAGCAAACAUUGUUAUCAUUGGGAUAAAUAUCACAACACAAGUUAAACUUACAGAUGACGACCUCCUUGAAAUAAAGGAAUCCAAAGGAAAACAUGCUCAAUUCAUAUAUGAUAUAUGCAAAUUCUACCGAGAUUGGCAUGUCAAGUCUGACGGGGUUUAUGGCAUUUUCCUUCAUGAUCCUGUUUCGUUCGUUGCUUUAGUCCGCCCCGACCUUUUUACGUACAAGACUGGUGUUGUGAGAGUUGAAACUCGGGGCAUCUGUGUUGGCCAUACAUUGAUGGAUCAAGGGCUAAAGAAAUGGAAUUCGAGCAAUCCAUGGUCAGGAUAUUCCCCCGUUUCUGUUGCGUGGACUGUUAAAGUGGAUGAAGUCACUAAUUACGUUAAGGAGCUAUUGAAGAAACCGUGAGUUUUGAAUGCUGGAUUGCCAUUGAAAUGCCAUAAGCAUAGGAAGCGUAGUCUAUGUUUGCUGGUCCAUCCUUUUUUUUUUUGCUCCUCGAACUCUCCUUUUCUUGUAGUGGAAAAGCAUAUAACAUUCUGUGUUAUAUAAAUAACAGGAAUCUCAAAUUGAUGAACACUCCACUUAAUCUUGUGGAUAUUUGAACAAGUAUUUAGUUCUUCACUGGAAUUGUCUUUCGCCUUUUUAGUUAAUGUUAAAGAUCUGAAGCUACUGCUACCGAUUGCUAUGA